CAGUAAUCUGAAGGAAAAUCGCAAUCAAAUUAUUUGUCACUGAUGUAUUAGUUUGACAACAAAAUAAGUCCAGAAACAUGAAAAAUCCUAUGUUACGUGAGUGAGGUGCGCGCUGUCGACUUACCCCUCCCGUGUGCGAAUUGUCGAGACAGGCGUCCGUUCAUUUUUUGCCUCUCUCUUUGCGCCGCAUAGAAGAAUCUCGACCUGUAGUUCUGGUUAUAAGACGACAGCAUCGCACUUACACGUUAUUGAAAGGUACGAGUCACAUUCGUUUAGCAGUUUCUGAAUCGUGAUUUGCCGGCUGUUCUGUGUGUUACUGUGACCGUUGCAGAGACACCAACAACGUUAUUUCUGAGUGCGAAAUCCCCACCAAUUUUUGGCAUUCUUCAAGUGAGCGGGGAAGAUACCAACACAAUGCAUCGAUUGUAAUAGAAAGACAGCGAACUGUCGGGUUUAAAGGGACUGGAGCUCUCCAUCAACAUGAAUUCGAAGAAGGCAAAACGCAACAAAGAAGAAUCGUUGUUGAUUUCAUACAACUCCGCAGAAGAUCGUAGAGCUGUUAACCGAAGUAGUGAAUCCGACGAUAAUGUCCCUCCGCUGGAUUUGCCACCAACGCGCCUUAGACGUCCAAGAACAAGGAAACUUCAUGUUGCCCCACAGUCAACAACAUGCUGUUCACUGUGGAAUGCUCUUCAAGUGAUCUUUGUUCUGUUCACUGUUGGAACAAUGAUCUCCAUGAUGUGGUUCACAAUUAUCCUGAAAACAUCACUGGAGUCAAUGAAAAAACGAGUAACUUCAUGUAAGUCAUUGAUACCUUCUUCUAGCCCACAUGAGUAUAAAAUAAUCUACUCACGAUCUAUCAUCAUGAUGAAUUAUGAUGGCCGCUUCUUUGCAUUUUCAAAGUGUCUAUGAAGAGGAUGUAGAUAAGUUUUGAACAACUAGUAGAUUUAUCCUAAAACAAUUAGAUUAUUUGCUCUUGAUUUCUAUGUGUGAUAGUUUAUUUGGUCUGUGCCCUUGUCAGCUAUCAUAAGAUAGAAAACUCAAACUCAUAAUGAAAUAAUAUUGUUAAUGUUUAGUUAGUUACACUCAAACCUAAGUAACAAACAUUUCUGGUUGGAGAGUAUAUUUGUGUUCUGUAUUUGUUUAAGCUGGGCACUCUUUAUGUUAGGAGUUCAAUAUUCCAACAUAGACAACUCAGAAUUUUGAUUAAAUUUCAUGUAAAUUGAUGUCUGGCUUGACCUGCUAGACACUGGAGAAUUUCUUUAACAUAAAUCUUGAGCUGUUUGUAAACAAAUGUUGAAAAAAAUUGUGUUCUUGGUUCUCAACACUCAUUGUUUUUAACCUCCAUCAGGAUUUAUGCCAAAGAGCAUUGCCUGCAUUCAGGUUUUGGGAAAAUGUUAACUAAGGAAGGGAUACCGGUAUCCUACACAUGACCUUCUAACUAUUAGAGGUUUGGUUGGAGUCCCACUUUGCAUAGUUUUGUACUCUUCACUUCAAGUGUGGAAGUUUGAAACUAAACUUUAUCAAUAUGUCAGUUGCUUUAGGCAAGGGAGAACCCUUCACUAAUAGAGGACACCCACCCAAAAAGAAUUGCAAACCUAAGAAUAAUUAAACUAAUUUUCCUUACGAAUGUUUAACAAAUUAUAUAUUUACCAAACCUGAGUUGAGAAUAUUCCACCUUUUGUUUAGUGUAUGUAUAUUUACUUUCUCAUAAACAUUGUAGAAUUAGAUUAAGUCUUAAGGCCAAAAAGACCAUCAAGGUUCAGGAGAAGACUCAUAGAUUUUUUUUUUCACUUCUCAAAUAACACUUGGAAUAUUUAUGAAGGAAAAUCCAUGAAUAGAUAUCUAUCUUCUGUAUUUUUCGCUGUGAUGAAAAGAAAAGAAAGAGGCUUAGUCCAGUUAAACUAGUUGUUAUUUUGUUCCAGCUUGAUUGUACUCAACUGUAAUUGCAAAUUUGGGUGACAAAACCU